AUGUUUGUCGUAGGUCAUUCAUUAUAUUUUGUUGGAACUUUACAAGGGAUUAAGAUUUACAAUUCUAUAAUUACUGCUCAAUCUAUAAAUCUCUUUCAAACACACGCUGUUUCAUUGAACCGUUUUGUGAAUUUAUUGCGAUAUCUUGUAGAGGUUUUUCAGCUUGCACCAGAAGUUGUUCAUAUAUUCUAUGAUAAUAAUUCAAAUUCGGUUGCAUUUAAUCGGGACAGAUCAUUAUUUUUCAAUUUAAACUAUUACAUUGGAUUACAUGGUGACGAAUGUCAAUAUGUAUUUACAAAUAAUGCCAUGAAUUAUUGGUUUAUGACAGUUUGUCAUGAAUUAGCGCAUAAUAUCGUACUUAAUCAUGAUUCUAAGCAUGAAAUUAUUUACGUAUUAGAAGUGAAUUUGAACAGUUUUCAAGCUAGCUACGUCCACAAACUUGUUUUGAUCCUCAGCGUUUCGGAAUCCUGUAGAUUGAAGACAUUUAUUGCUUCAAAGCUUUUAUUUCUUGUCAUCGUUAAGGCGACUGUUCAAGAGUAUAUUCCUCUCCUCUUAUUUUCUUUAGAACAAGCUAUAUUAAAGACAAAGGAUAACUACUAUCAAAGUGUUUCAUAUUCUAUAGUUGAGCUAAAUGGGGAUUAUCGAUCUGUUAAGUUAUGCGUAGGUGAAGCAGUUGAAACAACUUUGUCCAUUGAUGGACAAUCUGCGUUUGGAAUUAUCAAAGGGAUAAUUGAACAUAUAUGGAACGAUCAAGUUUAUGUAUUAAUUUAUUUGGACUGGUUGGAAGAUCUUGAAAAAUGUGAUAGUUUAUUGGGCUGUCCUAUAUAUCGUCUCCAACAAAUAUCCAAUAAUUCCUGGGAUCGAAUCCAUCCAAUUUCUAUUGUGUCUAAGUCACCAAAGUUCCAUUCAUCAAUUAUUGUAAGACGGGGUGCCUUCACAACAACAAGUCUUUACAAACCACGAAAUGAUUUCUUCUAA